CAUGAAUCUUUUCAGGAUCUCUUCGUCAAAACAAUUUUUUCAAGUAAAAGAUCCAUUUUUCCCUGGAGUCGCUGUACAUGGAACCUCAGUUAGGUAUGUGAAAUGGGUUUUGCAUUUCAUUCUUAAGCAGAUUUUAUUUUUCUUGUUUUGAAUAUUAUAUUAAGGAAUAAAAAAAAAAGUAAAGAUUGUAUAUAUUUUUUCCUUUUACUUGGGGAAAAAAAAUAGUGUAACAGAGGUACAUAUUAAAUAGUAUCCAGUGCAAUUUCAUCACACAUGAUGUUCUAGAAGUGCUUUGCCUGCUUUUGGACUGUUUGGAUGUUUUAUGAGCGCAUGCACAUUUGGGCAGUUCUUUCAAAGUGCACUAUAGGAAUUAAGGAAAUGAAGAAUUGAAGCGCUUUAAACUCUCUUGCUUUCUUUUUGAUCAACAGCAAAAAACAGAUGAGAGAGAAGCUGAACUUGAUGGGCACUUCUCUUUUCAGUCUAUGUAACUAUGCGACUAAUUCACAUUACAUGCUGUGACUUUGCUGGUUCAUCCAGACCUACAACAAAGAUUACAAAUCAAAAAACCUUUUUGAAUGUUAAAAAGAAGUUGUACAAAUCAUAUCUAAUGUUUAGUGUGCGUUCUUCCGCUUGACUGUGCCACUUUACAUUUCGCUAUAUGCUUCCAUCAUACGAUAUAAUGUAAACACACUUUUACGUGUCUAUAAAUGUAUGCACAAAUCUAUGUAAAAGUGUUGUAAAUGCCAAAUUAUUAAGCUGUUAUUUCUAUAGCGUUUGAAUUUAUAUCACUAGAUAGAAUGAGAUUUUACAGAAAGAUUUGGAUUUUUCUACCCAGAGAGCUACUUAUCAGAUUCAGGAGAGAUUGUAUACAUACUUACUAUACAAUAUAUAUCUUUAUACUGUAUAUAUGUAUACAAUCUCUCUCCUGAAUCUGAUAAGUAGCUCUCUGGGUAGAGAAUUCCAAAUCUUUGUUCUGAGGUUCCAUAUAUAUACUGUAUAUGUGUGUAUGUAUGUAUAAUCUCUCUCCUGAAUUUCAUAAUUAGCUCUCUGGGUAGAGAAUUCCAAAUAUUUGUUCUUUCUGUAAAGGAACUGUAAAACUAAUUAAACUAUUAGGGAUUUAUGAUACUAAUCAGUAAAACCUUUAAGGCAUGCAUUAGGUCGCUCUAAGUAUUGGUUGCAAGUAGUCCGGCAUUGAAACUAUUAAGAAAGGAAUCCACAUAACCACACCCUUCAAUUUAUAUAGGAGAUGUACAAUGGAAGCUUCAGGGUGUGGUUCUCAAAGCCCCUUAACCCAGGCUGGCAUUAACUCUGAUAUAUACAGAGAAAUGUUGUAGAAUCUGCACUUGCUGCAAAUAUUCUGGAGUGAGCUAGUCACAUUCUGAAUUUUUAGACUUCUGAAUGGGAGCCUCGAGUAUAACCCAUAACCACCUAGCAAGCGAAGAGUUAUGGGAUGUUUUUUUGUUUGUUUUUUAAACUAACAGUUGCUAAGCAAGCUCUGUUAUAAAUCUGUAGGAGACUAUGUACUUAAAGGUAUACUAUACAAAGCUGUAUUCCUGGCACUAUAUAGCUCCCUCUGCCUCCUCCUUGCUCACGUCUCCGCCUUCUUCUGGCAAAUGCCAUUCUUAUAUCAAACAUCCCCAUAGGAAAACAUUGAAUCAGUGCUUUUCUAUAGGGAAAAAUCUGACGCUGGAUGUCCUCAUGCAGCGCAUGAGGACAUCCAGCAUCAGUUACCGGACCAAAGGUCUGUUUGGAUACAGGAAGUGCCUCCAGUAAACAUUGCAGCACUAAUUGCAACAGGGACACUGCACCCAGACCAUUUCAAUUAGCUGUUGUGGAAAGUGUAGUUUGUCCUCUGUUGUGAGCAUAUAGUUGCCAUUGUUUUCUGCUUUCGUUUGCGGUUAUACACAUCAGAAUGCAGAACUCCCUUUACCAUAAUCCGUUAAAGUAGGUUUUUAUGAUGCUUGCACUUUUUCAGUAUUCGUAAACUUACAAAAAUGAUAAGAGCUGGCAUAACAGCUACUACCCCAAAAAAAAAAGUUGUGUACGGAGUAAAUAUGAACCACAGUCCUGUCCAGUGGAUCUGUCAUUUUUCAUUAUUUCAUAACUAUAUAAUCGUUUUGAAAUACUGAUUUAAGAAUGCGUUAGACUUUCAUUGAAAUUCCAACUUAAUCCAAAGUUAUCAUAAGACCAAGUAGGGACCACUUUGUCUUAUGGUCCAGACUGAGGUUGACAAAAAGAGGAUCUCCUCUGUUAACUUUUGUCCAAUCCCAGCAACCUUCACUAGUGACGACGGUUCAGGCUCUGUCUGUGGAGAGUCUUGAGGGAUACUCCAUAGACCUCAGUGUUGUACUUUAACAUGGCUCCUGGCCUGAAUUGGAGCUGCAUCGUGAAGAUAGCGGCCGUGAGGAACAGACGGAGGUAAGUAAAACUCACCUAACUUGUAGCCACUGUCCCACACUGGAUCUGUCAAUUUUGGGUGUCUUUCUAAAAUAAGCAAAUACCCUCAAAAAUUGACAGAUUUACUUUAAGCCUAUGCUUGCUUUUUUUAUUUUUGUGCAUUGCACAGUAGCCACAUGUUUACCUGUUGUGCCCAUUUUCAGAAUUUCAGUAUCUCUUUCCAGGGAAGAAUUACUUUGUGAGUUGGGGGUCCAAACCAUACAGAAUCACAGUCAAUCAUUGACUAGAAGAUACUGGAAAAGAAAUAAGCAUAAUCCAGUGAGGAGCAAACUCCUUAUCUACAUCAUUGAAACUGUGAGUUCUAUUACGUUUCUCUGAACUGAGGAAGAUGGGGGGUAAGUGGUAUUAUUAUUAUUGGCUACGAAUGUAGUGGCUAAGAUGAAACACUCUGGGUUAGCUGUACAAGCAAAAUGUCCCUGUUGGGGCUAUAUUGGAAUUUAUACUUGCAACUUUUACAGUUUAUUCAUACUGAAUAGAAAUGUGUUGUGAUUUGUUUGUGUCUAGUAUAUUUUGAUCACACUUGCUUUUUUAAAGGAACACUAUAGCAUUAUAAAUACAAAUCUGUAUUCCUAACACUUUAGUUCUCUUCUCCCUAGUUCUGCAAAGGUGUCCCUCCCCUGUUUACAGUGAAAAUUAGAAAAAACUAAUUCACAGAUCUUUUUCCAGCACCAAGGCUCCCUCAUUGCUGCUCACCUCUUCGUCUCCCGUAACAUCACACAGGAGGCAUGGCCUUCGCCAAUGUCCAACCCAGUGCUCGUGAUAGAGGAGCAUUGAGGACCUAAUGUGUACGCACUGCAAGUGCAUUUAAACUUCUCCGUAGGAAAGCAUUGAUCAAUAUUUUCCUUUGGGGCUUCUGCGUCACAUGACAGAGUUUUACUUGGUCGGGGCUGCGGAGGCCCCUCUAGUGGCUGUCAUACUGACUUACACUGCAGGGUUAAAAGGACAGGUACGCUGUCCAUCCAGACCCCCCUGAUUGAGAUGAAGUGGUCUGGUUAACUAUGGUGUUCCUUUAACCAAUAUGUUGGCAAUCAGCAAUAUAUAUAUUAGUUUUGGUGUGUGUGUGUGUGUGUCUGUAUAUAUAUAUUUUAUUUUAUUUUUUUAAAUAUUAAUUUAAGAAUAGUGUAGCAAAUGUAGAAAUCACAGAAAGGACAUAGUUAUUUACUAAAGUGUGAAAGAGAAAUAGACAAACUGUCUAUUGUCAGCGUAGCUGAUGUGGAGAAUUCUUCCAACUCUUUAAACCUUGAAUUUCUGACAAUUCUCACUUUAGUAAAUGACCCUGAUAGGCAUAUAGCACAUUUUCUCGAAAUGAUAUGCCAGAAUUUCAAUAGGUUCCCCUGGUUAAGUGGAUGUGUCAAAGCCCUGUUUUCCAUCAGGUACCAUGAUACAGGAUGCCCAUCGGAGGAACAUUGUAUGUGCUCUAGGUGACACAUAGGGAAUAGUGAAAAUAUAGGGAAGGAAAGGAGGAGUGGAUGGAGGAUGAAAAGGAGACAACACCCCCCCCCAAAAAAAACCCACUUCAAACACUCUCUCCCCAGAGCUCCAUAACAGCCCAGACCCUCUCCCCACAGAGUUCUAACUCAACGCUUACUGGCAUUUUCAUAGCGAGGCAGUCAAUACCUCCAAUGGCCUGAUAUGCUCUGCCCUGUCCAUCAACUGCUCUCCAAAUUCCAGAUGGCAGGGGCGUAGCUGCAUUUAAAACCCAACAUGCGUCUAAACUCUUGCAUGGAAGCUAUUAGAUUUCCUAGCUGCCAAUGGCCCUGACUUCACCUUUUUCAGAUAAACUUUCCAAAUGAUUUAAUAUUUUUGUAUACAUUUUUGCUUAAAAAAAUGUACAUUUUAAAAUAUCAAAAAAUAUAUAUAAAAAAAUCAGUACAUUAAAAAAAAAAAUAUUAAAGCAUUGAAAAAGGUCAAUACUUUUCAUAAUAGUAAAUAAUUUUAAAAGUGUAUCCUAAAAUAUUGAAUCAUUUGAAAAGCUCAUAUGACUUUAUUAAAUUGAGGCCAACAUCAAGCAAAUUACUGUAUGUCGUAAUUAAUUUUAGUGAACACAAGGUGGCUCCAUAACCAUGUAAUUUCUCGGACUCUGCUAGUAUAAUAUUUAGUGUAGAACGUCUCUUUGCCAGCAGGUGGAGAUAUUGCACUUGUCUUCUGUAGGCGGAUUGCAUUUUCUAAUGCCCACAUCUUUUAAAGGUCUAUUCUCUAUUGUGAGUUUUUGUUUUUUUGUAUAUCCCAACUGCUUUUGAAAGUCGUUAAAGCAAGAUUGUGACAUUUGAUCCGUAUAAUAAUAUAAUAUUUUAAUUAUUCAUUUGUUAUGACAUGUUAGAUUCACUUACUCAAUAUCUGAAAUAGACCAAAUUUGUCAAAAUAUUGAACUCUAUAUUUAAACAAUGUAAUCAAACCUUGGUCUUAUUCCCUUCCAACAUAAAGGUCCCAAACAAUAAAACAUGAAAUAACAGAAUAGUAAAAUAAAAGUUGGCACUUUUAAAAUUUGUUUAAUUUUUACAAUUUUCAGUUUAUUUUACUUCUCACUUUCCUUUUUGUAUGUCUUAUAAGCAUUGUGUUGUGAAUCAAUUUGAACUUUAUACAGGGCUAUUCAAUAAAGUAAGAAUUCAAAAUGAUUUUUAAAUUUAAGAUCGCAGUAGCCAAGAUUUUUUUUCCACUUCAGCUAUUUUGACCUUAAAUUUGAAAUUCAAUUGGAAUUCUCACUUGAUAAAUAACCCUGAUAGUGCUAAAAAUUUUAGAUGCUCCCCAGGACUUGAAAACAAGAGCCAUUUCCUGGUAAAAUAUUUUAUAAAUAAAUCAUAGUUCUAUUUUAUGUCUAUCCUUUUCAGAGUGACAUAAGAAUAUUUUUGGAGAUAAAGUAAUUCUAGCUUUGUUCUGAACCAGCUCAGACCACAUAAACAUUUUUGUAUCAUUUUUAUUUUAGAUCAGUUUCAGUGCAAACAUAAAAAGAUAUAAUCCAUUUGUUUACGGAAUGUUGCAAUACCCAACUCUGAUACAGUUCACGUGGCUCACAUUGUUUCAGCAGGAUAAACUUUGUGUUAUUUACUUCAUCCAAUCAGUUUGGACUUAUUCCCACCCAUCCUCAGAGGUCAAAUGCGGCCACUAUGUUCAGUGACAAUCCCACCACCCACAAACCACUAAAAUGUUGCUACAUGUGAUAGCAAGAAUAAUAAUCUAAAAAAAAUCAUUAUAUAUUUCCAUGUUUAUAAAAAGGAAAACAAAACAAAAUAUGCAUUGUAAUAUGUAUAGUUUUUUUUUUUUGAGAAAACCUCAUAUAUUUGAUGCACAAUUUCACAUUACAUAAACAUGCCCUUACACCGCAGUACCUAAUGAAAAAUUAGUUUGACACUGAACUGUGGGACGGAGCUUGGGGACUACAAGCACCAUAAAAACGGCAAUAAGAUGAAGUGGUUAUGGUGCCUAGAGUAUCCAUUUAGCAUGUUCUCUGGGACAUCCAUCCUCUGGGACUCUAUGUGAAUCAAGUUUUAACAGAGCGCUGAAAUGGGCUGAGAUAGGGCAGAACGCUAUAGCAAAAUGGGAGGAAGAAUGGAAUAUCUCACCUAAGCAUGCUUUACAUCUUAAUGGUGCACUAGAAACCAGUGAUAUGAUAUAUCAAAAACUAGGUAAUCUAUAAAGCUGAUAAAAGCGAGGCGGAUCCAAAACCAACCCAAUCUCUGGAAGGGCACUAAACAUUUUGGUGAACAAUUCUGUUUUCAAUUGACUACAAAUCUGUUUAAUAUAUAUAUAUAUAAAACUCUCAUAUCACAUUAUCAUUUACCUACUAACCCCUAUUAACUCCUAGUGAGCUUAUUCCCAUAUUGUCCCUUCCUCCAGUGGUGUCCCUCUUUCCAUACUCCCCCUGUGUCUUUCUAUCCAGAUUCUCUCCCCCACUUUCUGUCCUUUGUACAUAUUCUACCUCUAACUUCUGUCCAUCUCCUCAUAUUUUGCCCCAACCUUUAACUUUCUCCACAUUCUUCCCCCAAAAUGUAGUCCCUUCCCUCAUAACCCCGACAAACUUUAAACCUUUUCCAUAUUCUUCCCCCAUACCUUUUUGUCUCUUUUCUACUGUCCCCCACACCUGUCAGGAUUACUAACUGAUCCCGCACGCAGAAAUGUAUCACACCUAGGACUAAGUAUAACGUCUAACCCGACCUUAAAAUGGUCAGAAUUAACGUAUCCAAGAAUAGUCAGAAUACUUGCAGAGUUUUGGAAUAAAGAAUUAGACACAGCGAUGAGGAAAAGUCAAGGAUACCAGAAAUCAGGGAAGUCAAAACGAAGCCAAAGACAAAUACCAAAAAAUCAAGAUCAGGAAUGCACUCUUGGAUUACCAUCAGACAGAAACUACGACAGAGCAAUGAGAGAAUGUUAAAAUAAGUUUAAAUAAUCCUCCUGAUAUUCUGAUUGACUGCAAUCGGCCUUUGACCCCAAAACGUGGGCGCACAUGGCAUCACGUGUACGCCGACAUCAUUCUCAACGUGAGCAGUUAUGGGCCUUUAAGGUGGCAUAGAUCCACAGCAGCCGGCGUCUCUAGACAUGCUGGGAUUAUCAGGUAUCCGGGCACACGGCUGUAAAUGGGCACAACUAUUCCUGUCAGGACAUUAAAUACCGUUAACCACUUUACCAUAAGCGGAUGAAUUUGUUACACCACCCCCCCCACACACUAUCAAGUGUCUUCACAUUCUCCCCCACAUCUUCAGCUUUCUUAAUAUUUCUCCCACACACACAUUCUGUCCCUCUCUCCCUGUCUGUCCAUUUCCCCAAAAUAAAGUGGCCUGUUCUGAUGGUAGUGUGGCUGAGUGACAUGGGACUGGUUGCUCUAGCAGAGUGCUCAAUUCUGUUUGGCUCCACCUGCUGGUAGAAUAAAGCAGUGAUAGAACAUAUUGUCUAUCUUGGCUCUCUGUUGUAGCCAGGUAUGGCUGCUCAAAGUGGAGUGUGGCUGUGCACACACUAUAUCAGGCAUAGGUAACCUUCGGCACGGCAGAUGUUUAGCACUACACCUCCCAUGAUGCUUUUCCAGCAUUAUGCGUGUAAGAGCAUUAUGGGGGAUGUAGUCCACGACAUCUAGAGUGCCAAAGGUUGCCUUUCCCUGCACUAUAUAGUAAAUACCCUGCAUUUGCAGACAUACAAAGUACCCACCUCGGGUAACCCUGCAUUGUGGGUACCUAUCUGGGUGGUGGGUCCUGGUACCCCGGAUCCAUCCCUGAUUUCGGGUAAAAUAACUGGGAUUUAGUUACAAAUGCCUGUUUUUGAACGACUAAUUUUACCUUAGAUCAGCUAUGUUGAUGGAAUCUUGACAUUGAUAAACAGAUUAAGUUCUUUGCACUCUGGGUCCAUGUUUACUCAGCAUUGUUCAACUGUGAGAUGUUUGCUACUUUGUGUAUUCACAUUCUAUAUCAACUACGAAAAGCAAAAAGCCACACGACUGUAUUUAAUGACUGCGUAACCCUUUCAGUACCUAGCAACCUUCCAUUCCACAUUGCUAAAACUGAAACCCACUGUGUUUCAUACUCAAUCCUUUACAUUCUACUGUGAAUGCAGUGUGUUGUCACUGAUAACUACCUUUUAACCCCUUAAAGGAACAAUACAUGUUAUUUUUUUUUUAAUGGAUCCAUGACUUACUGUCAAAAUUAAAGUCCAAUAUUUUCCGUGUCUGUCACUGCCGCUGCACUGGGUUUAUGUCCCAACAAUUCAGGGAACUUUAUAAAACUUUAUAAAAUAUCAAUCUUAUUACUGUGAUGGAGCUGAAGUUGGUGUUUUAUCUGACAGAGAUUUUUUUAAUGCAGAGUGUGCCAGUGUUUAUUCUUAUACGAAUAUGUAGCUAUUCAAUGGGAGCUAGACUUCAUGUGGAAACAUAUGUCUUAUAAGGGUCUUGUAUAGCUGUAACCAUGCACGUAAAGAGUCUAGACCCCAAACAUGUUAUCUUGCUUAAGUACUUUGUGUGUAGAGUGUGUCCUCUCUUUUUUUUUUUUUCAUUUUACAAAAAGUGCAGAUUUCAAUAGAUAUUUGCACUUUUAUAAAUGAUCCUUGUUACACUUCCCUGUUUGAUAACCAGACAACCCAUCCUGUUCUGGUUAGCUGAGUGGAGCUAAACUCAAGAGGCACCUGACUUACAAAGACUUCUCAUUGAGCUGCAUUGGGAAGUCUGUGAUUGGACAACCAUGGGAAAUCUGGGCGGGUUUAGAAAGAGAGCAAAGGCUGCAAACAUCAUAUCUGAAGUUUUUGGAAGCUGUCUUUAGAUAUACCCCAAUUUAUAAAAUGCAUUGUUAAAAAGACUGAGUGACUCAAACUUCUAUUUGGUUACAGCAUCCUAUUGAAAGCAUAUGCAUGUAGACAAUGGCAAUAACCAAUAUUAAGUAUUACUGCAUUCAAAUUUUCGGGGCUUAAAAGCCCCCUUUGCAGCAAUUGCAGGAAAAUGUUAUCGACCACUAAAUACCAUAUAUAAAGGGUCAGCUACCUAUGGCACGUUUGCCAUGCAUGGCACUCGAGGCUACCAGAGUUAAAUAGGCUAUGGUCUAUCAGGAUUAAUCUAGUACAAACUGAGUGAUGAGGGGCAAUCCUCAUUUUAUGCAUUGAGGACUUAGAGGAAGUAAUCUCAGAUUACUUCACCCCAGAACUUAUAGGGAAUUCACACUGGAGAAGGGCAGUCCUAAGACACUAUUGCAGCUUUUGAUCUGUAUCUAGCCAGCCUGGUCCCCACUGGACUACAGGGAAGCCACACACACUGCUAGAUAUACACAGACCUGCAGAAGAAGCCCACCCCCACGAUACAAAUAAUACAAAAAGCCAACACAGAAACAACACUACUAACAACCCACAUACAUUCAUAAAACUCUGUAAGCAGCGUGUCACAUACAAUAAACCUAACAGCCACACACAUAAACAAAACAAGCACACAAUGUGACAUACCAUCCACACACAAUUACACAAGCAGCCCCAAUACACUGAGUACACUCACAGGUAUCACGCACAAUACCACGAACUACUCAUGAACAUAUACUGUACAAUAUAACAGCCCAUGUAUGCACAAGUAGAACGCUAAAAAUAAAAACAGCACCCAUAAAUAACACAAGCAAAAUACGGCAACAUACACGCCUCACUUUAACAAAAAGAGAAUUGGCACGUCGAGAGACUUGAAAAUCUUAUUUUGGCACAGUAUAAUAAAAAGUUGCCUACCCUUGUUAUAUGAUGAAAGUUUCCAAGAGAAAAAUGUUAGAUAAUCUAGCCAAGCCCUUUUCAUGAUGCUGUUGACAGAGUAGAUUAUCUGAUAAGAUGCCAUUUUGGGCUAAUUAUUUUACCCAAUCAUGACUGAGUAUCCAUGGGAUGACUCACUCCCAGACACGCAUUUCCUCAUUGACUUGGUUCUGUCAGUGAACCUGUGACUUUAGAAAAAACAAGGUAGCAAUAACGGGACAGAACUGAAAAUGCUUAUCUAAUUAACUGAUUUCCAAGUUUAUACAACACUUGUAGCAAAGUCCUCCUGAAAUGAAACUGCUUAUUAUAUUAGUCCUUGAUUCCCAAAAGAAGGUGCCAACUCUCCUCAUAUAGAAUAAAAAAAAAAAAAAAAAAAACUUUGAAAAGCUGAGUUAAAAAGUGUUGAUGAAUAUAGAGAAGCAAUAAUGUUGUUUCAGUCAUGUGAUAUCAGCAUCAUUUAACUCCCAUAAAAAUAGUUGCAAUGUUCCUUACGUAGCAUCGAUAGGGUGGCUUAGGCUUACAGUUAAGGAAAUUAAUUGUUACCUGUCAGUCUACUAUGGACUUCUUGAGAAUCAUUUUAGUUACAGCCUAAAGCACUUUGAAGACAGGUACUCCCUCAAUCCUAACUCCCACUCUUUAAACCUUUAAAACAGAUAGGCACCCAAACCUUAAUUCUGUUUUAGAGGAGUCUGUUUUAAUGGCCCAGUUUCCUGAUGUGUUUUGAAGACAUUUUCACGAUAAUUUCACCCUACAAAUUGGAGACAUAUAAACAUCACAAUUGUUAACAGCAUCAUUUUGAAUGUAUGUUUUCCAAAAGAUUUGUGUUUUUUUACAUUUAACUCAUCUUUGAAUAUAUAUCCAUUUUAAAGAUUAAUAUUCUUUUUAAAUGUCCACUUGAAAUGUACAUCCAAAUUUUUACCGGUUAAGUGUUGCAAACGUUCUAAGCAACUCUAUUUAAAAUCUGGCACUCAACACUUGUCCUUGUUAUAUGUUUCUAGGUUCACUCUCAAUUGGAAGAACAGGAGAUUGUAGAAAUGACGGACACGUGGAAGACAGGAACACAAAGCAUUGUUGACCAAACCAGAGAAAUCUGAGGACCUUUAGAAGAUACAUCUUUAAAAUUCUGCCAUUUGAAACCAGGAACUGAAAACAAUAAAGAUUAUCUGCAAUUAACUAAAACCUUCGGUAAUAUUUUUAUACCCAUUGAGAAAAAGAGUCUCUAACUUAUAUUUUAUAUAGAUAUUUCAGAAAUUUCAUGUUAUUUGUCAUGGGAGAUGGGGCUUCUCGUACAUGUUCCCUUAAUUAUACUUUGUAUCGUGUAAUGUUUCCCUGUGUUCGAAUGGAAUUGUUCCCUUUUGUUAGAUUACCGAACAGAUUCUGUGGGGUCCCCUUUUUUGCAAAUCAUGUUUAGGCUUGAUUGGAUGACACUGCGUGUCCCAUUCUAAAUAUGAUAAAAAUGAGGCUUGAGUAUUAAUCUGUGGAUAGGUAUUAAUGUCUCUUUUGGAUAGGAUAUUGGAACACAAGGCUUGUUCAUAUCAAAGGACUCCUUAUCUAAGAGGGAAUCCAGACAUAUGGCAAAUGAGAGAGUUAGUUUAUACUGAAACCAGACUUCCAGGCCACUUAUGUUUGACUUCUAACACAUUACAGAGUAGCUCUGCUGGGGUCCCAGCUUCAAAGAGGACCUCUCAUACAAUUAAAUGAACCCCUUUUAAAAUUGACCAUACCACCUCUACCAGGCAGCCAGUUCAUAUAUGCAUGAAUAUUAGGGAUUAUUCUAGCCUCGGUGAGGGAAUAAUCUAAAUUUUAUUAAAGACAGGAGGCGAAUAUUUGCUUUACCUUCUUUACUGAAACCUCCAGCAGCAAAGAAACAGUUAACAGAACUUUUCAAAACAACCAAUCAGAACAAAGCAACAGUAGUAUAAAACCCCUAAGCAGGCUCUUCCACUUCCUCUUUCUUUGAUGAGGUCGAGCAGGAGAGCAAGGAAACCAACCUUGUAGCAGACAAAUCCAGAGAAACAAUCGUCAAGCCCAGAGAGAAAAACAGUUAACACUGCAAGAAAACAGAAAACAUCGUGAAAGUAAACUGUCAAGGCAAGAUGUCAUCCAUACAAUAUCACUUUCACAUCAUAAUACCUGAUGAAUAAACAAAGUCUACAGAUCUUAUGAAGACCUAGUAUGUACCUAAGCUAAAAGGCAUUGACG